AUGGACGAAGUGGCCUUUUACGUGACACAUGGCAGCCCGGACGACAAGCACCUGAAGGAGUCGCUUGCAGCGGCUUCCUCUGUGCACAAGUCCAGCACAUACGCCUCGUUCAGAAACGCAGACUGCCCGAUGAACGGUGCUGCUUUGACCGGUAUGGGUCCUGGAGAAAGACUCUUUGUGGCUGGCAAGGACAAGGCGCUCAUUAGUUGUUACUCCUGGGGUAAGGAAAGUGUGGAUCAGAAGUUUCCGGUUCCGGAAAACAUGCUGUGUUUGGCAUUGGCGGAGCAUCCAGAGGUCAGAGGUGCAAACGAUGGGGUAGUCUUUAACAAGCCCAAACAGCACAUUCCGUGGUUGCUAGCGGCAGGCUCGAGCACAGGCAAAUUGUACAUCUGGGAAUUGGCGCUGGGCAACUUGCUCUGCGUGAAAGACGCUCAUUACCAGGGGAUCUCUGUGAUUAGGUUUUCCAAAAACAGCACCUUCUGCUUCACUGGAGGUUUGGAUUCGAGGGUCAUGGUCUGGAGAACAGCCGAUUUGGUUUCGUUUGACGAGGAGAACGCCAAGCCGCUUGCAACGUUCAGUGACCACACGUUGGCCAUCACAGAUAUCGCUGUUUCUGAUGCGCCUACACCACACGAUGUCAAGAUCUACACCUCGUCUAAGGACUCGACCGUGAGAUUGUACAGUGUUGUUUCCAAGAAGAUGCUUUCCGCUUUUGUCUUUUCGUCGCCCGUCGAGUGUAUCGCCAGAGACGGCGCCGAUAGAGCAUUCUAUGCUGGUCUUUCUGACGGCACCAUCCGCAUGGUUCCACUCUACGUGGUGAACAAAAUCAGCAAUACGCUUGAGGCAGUAGGCGGCUCAGGAAAGGUCAUUACGGUUGCCGAAGACCCAGAACACAGGGAAACAUUUGUGUUUCAUCAAAAUGGCGCCAACCAUCCUACAAGACUCGUCACAUCUCUCGACGGCACAAGCAUAAUAUCCAGUGACACGGCCGGCCAGGUUUUCGUCAGCGACGUUGUCACCAAGCAGGUGAUCAAGGCGUUCACGCCGUGCAAGUCACCCAUUGCAUACCUCCAUGUGGAAACCCACUCGGAAGCACUUCUCAAAACCCACCAGUCGUUCGACAAGAAGCAUCGUCUUUUGCAGCCGCUCAAGAGGGUCGUCUUUUCGGGCAAGCCAGAGGAUCAUGUUAUCACGAUGCAAAUUCCAGGUGUGGUGGAGGAGAAGCAGACGGUGGAUGAGUGGUUCGAGGAGUUAGAAGAGCAGGAGUAUUAUUACAGAGAAGAAAUGAAGGACCAGGAGAAGCUGAAGGAAAAGUCCAAGAACGACGACCUGGCCAAGGUCAAGGAGCUCGAGGAGAAGCUUGAAAAGGUGUCUGGUGCAUACAAUAACCUCAAGGGUAUGUACGAGGACCUCUACAAGGAGACGCAAAAGUGA